AUGCUUCACAGGAUUUUUCUUGUCGCAUUAACUAUCGUUACAGUUAACUCAUUGCAAUGUAUAUUUAAUGGCUUUGGUAUUGUGAAUGAGAAGAGUGGUGCUAUAAAAGACAGUGUAGUUACCUGUCAAUCGGAAACUGAAUUCUGUUUGAAAUUAGAAUCUGAUACAACUGCAAAUGGAGAACAUGUAAAAGGAUUUGCUCAUGGUUGUGAUCAAGAAAUGCCAGGCUCAUCAAAACAUAAAUUUUGCAAGACUGAAGGCUGUAUACAUAAAAGUGAUAGCAGAGGUACCGUAGAAGUAUGCUGCUGUACCGGUGAUUAUUGUAACAAUGGAAAUCGCAUGAAUUUCACGUUUACAAUUUGUUUCAUCAUUUUUUUCCUUUUUUCUUUCUUUUCAUGA